AUGCCCAACCCACACUGCGGCAAUGAAAAGGCGGCGGCCUUUGUCCACUACUACGCCUCCCCGAGUAUGGUGAACAGCUCCGUGAAUCGGCUCUACUAUGGCGGGCUGGAGCGCAAGAAGCGGGCAGAGGCACGUGCAAUGGAGGAGGCGUACCCACCAACCCUGUCAGUUCGCCGCUCUCCCGCGCAGCUGGAGGCGUACCUGAACAACUGCGUGCAAGGCGAGUUGCUGCGCCGACAGCAGCACAGGGCGGCGCUGCAGCAGGAGCUGUACCCGGACGCCGAGGAGACGCCGCGCUUCCUCUCCAAGAAGGAGAUGACCCAUCACAUCCACCACAUGUACGACGAGCCGCUGAAGGUGCGCCGGGCACGGGAGGCAGAGCUGCGCCGCAUCUUCGGCACUAACAAGGACGCCGAGAGGGUCAAGAAGGAGACGGUUUACCAGUACCACCGUCUACCAGCGUCCUCUGCGCGAGCAGUCACAGGGUCAUCGCCGAGGUCGGCCUCCUCGACCUGUGGUGGCAACCGCGGCAACGUUGACGUCGACACAGUUGCCAACUACUGCAAGCAGCUAGAGAAAGGGUGGCGACCGCCAUCGGUGUCGGUCGAGCACGCCGACAAUCGGCGCCUGCUCGUAUCUCAGUACGACUACUACGCCGACCCUCGCAAGCACACGGAGCUGAUGUUGAGGCCGCGGCCGCUGACGGCGAAGGAGCGGACGGCAUUGCAGUCGCGGCUGGAGCUGCUGGCCCGCCCGAGUCGCGUGAAUGCGCCUGUGGUGCCAAGUGAGGAGCAGGGCGGCCCGCCGCCGUUCCGUGUGAGCCGCAAGAUUUUCUACAACGACUGA